AUGGGGAGAGCAACUCACCUGGCUGGUGGGGGUGCUGUGCUGGGAGCAACUCACCUGGCUGGUGGGGGUGAUGGGAGCAACUCACCUGGCUGGUGGGGGUGCUGGGAGCAACUCACCUGGCUGGGAGGGGUGCUUGGAGCAACUCACCUGGCUGGUGGGGGUGCUGGGAGCAACUCACCUGGCUGGUGGGGGUGCUGGGAGCAACUCACCUGGCUGGUGGGGGUGCUGGGGACAACUCACCUGGCUGGUGGGGGUCUGGGAGCAACUCACCUGGCUGGUGGGGGUGCUAGGAGUAACUCAUCUGGCUGGUGGGGGUGCUGGGAGCAACUCACCUGGCUGGUGGGGGUGCUGGGAGCAACUCACCUGGCUGGUGGGGGUGCUGGGGGCAACUCACCUGGCUGGUGGGGGUGCUGGGAGCAACUCACCUGGCUGGUGGGGGUGCUGGGAGCAACUCACCAUGCUGGUGGGGGGUGCUGGGAGCAACUCACCUGGCUGGUGGGGGUGCUGGGAGCAACUCACCAGGCUGGUGGGGGUGCUAGGAGCAACUCACCUGGCUGGUGGGGGUGCUGGGAGGAACUCACCUGGCUGGUGGGGGUGCUAGGAGCAACUCACCUGGCUGGUGGGGGUGCUGGGAGCAACUCACCUGGCUGGUGGGGGUGCUGGGAGCAACUCACCUGGCUGGUGGGGGUGCUGGGAGCAACUCACCUGGCUGGUGGGGGUGCUGGGAGCAACUCACCGGGCUGGUGGGGGUGCUGGAAGCAACUCACCUUGCUGGUGGGGGUGCUGGGAGCAACUCACCUGGCUGGUGGGGGUGCUGUGGACAACUCACCUGGCUGGUGGGGGUGCUGGGAGCAACUCACCUGGCUAGUGGGGGUGCUGGGAGCAACUCACCUGGCUGCUCACCUAGCUGGUGGGGGUGCUGGGAGCAACUCACCUGGCUGGUGGGGGUGCUGGGAGCAACUCACCUGGCUGGUGGGGGUGCUAGGAGCAACUCACCUGGCUGGUGGGGGUGCUCGGAGGAACUCACCUGGCUGGUGGGGGUGCUGGGAGCAACUCACCUGGCUGGUGGGGGUGCAAGGAGCAACUUACCUGGCUGGUGGGGGUGCUAGGAGCAACUCACCUGGCUGGUGGGGGUGCUGGGAGCAACUCACCUGGCUGGUGGGGGUGCUGGGAGCAACUCACUUGGCUGGUGGGGGUGCUAGGAGCAACUCACCUGGCUGGUGGGGGUGCUGGGAGCAACUCACCUGGCUGGUGGGGGUGCUGGGAGCAACUCACCUGGCUGGUGGGGGUGCUGGGAGCAACUCACCGGGCUGGUGGGGGUGCUGGAAGCAACUCACCUUGCUGGUGGGGGUGCUGGGAGCAACUCACCUGGCUGGUGGGGGUGCUGUGGACAACUCACCUGGCUGGUGGGGGUGCUGGGAGCAACUCACCUGGCUAGUGGGGGUGCUGGGAGCAACUCACCUGGCUGGUGGGGGUGCUAGGAGCAACUCACCUGGCUGGAGCAACUCACCUGGCUGGUGGGGGUGCUGGGAGCAACUCACCUGGCUGGUGAGGGUGCUGGGCGCUACUCACCUGGCUGGUGCGGGUGCUGGGAGCAACUCACCUGGCUGGUGGGGGUGCUGGGAGCAACGGGUGCUGGGAGCAACUCACCUAGAUUGUGGGGGUGCUGGGAGCAACUCAUCUGGCUGGUGGGGGUGCUGGGAGCAACUCACCUGGCUGGUGGGGGUGCUGGGAGCAACUCACCUGGCUGGUGGGGGUGCUAAGAGCAACUCACCUGGCUGGUGGGGGUGCUGGGAGAAACUCACCUGGUUGGUGGGGGUGCUGGGAGCAACUCACCUGGCUGGUGGGGGUGCUAGGAGCAACUCACCUGGCUGGCUGGUGGGGGUGCUAGGAGCAACUCACCUGGCUGGUGGGGGUGCUGGGAGCAACUCACCUGGCUGGUGGGGGUGCUGGGAGCAGCUCACCUACCUAGUGGGGGUGCUGGGAGCAACUCACCUGGCUGGUGGGGUUGCUGAGAAGGGGAUGGAAGCUGGGAGAAGGGGAUGGAAUCUGGGAGAAGGGGAUGGAAUCUGGGAGAAGGGGAUGGAAUCUGGGAGAAGGGGAUGGAAUCUGGGAGAAGGGGAUGGAAUCUGA